AGCAGUUGGAAGUCUCUAUUGGUGUAUGUGCGGUAACAACAUGUCUGUCCCCCUCCUCGCCGAUGCCGUGACCGUUUCAGGGGCAGAGCGGGAGACUGCAGCGGUCAUUUUUUUACACGGGCUUGGAGACACAGGGCACAGCUGGGCUGAGGCCCUGUCUGCCAUUCGGCUCCCUUAUGUGAAAUACAUCUGUCCUCAUGCGCCCAGGAUCCCCGUCACGCUCAAUAUGAAGAUGGUCAUGCCAUCCUGGUUUGAUUUGAUGGGGCUGAGUCCAGACGCUCCGGAGGACGAAACUGGAAUCAAAAAAGCUGCCGAGAACAUUAAAGCAGUCAUCGAGCAUGAGGUGAAGAACGGAAUCCCAGCCAGCCGCAUCAUCCUAGGAGGCUUUUCACAGGGUGGUGCGCUCUCCCUCUACACGGCUCUCACUUGCCCGCACCAACUGGCUGGCAUCGUUGCCCUCAGCUGCUGGCUCCCCCUGCAUAAGGCCUUCCCUCAGGCGGCAAACAACAGCAUGAACAAAGACAUACCCAUUCUUCAGUGUCACGGGGAGAUGGACCCCAUGAUCCCUGUGCGUUUCGGGGCCCUCACUGCUGAGAAACUGAAGUGUGUUGUGACCCCAAGCAAGAUCCAGUUCAGAACUUAUCCCGGACUGAUGCAUAGCUCCUGCCCUCAGGAGAUGAUGGCUGUGAAAGAGUUCAUCGAGAAGUUGCUGCCCAGGAUUUAAAUGGAUCUACUCAAGACUGUUGCAGGGAGAGGAGGCCAAAGGUCACCGCCUCCGAUCUUUAACCCUUGACCUGUCAGUUACAUUUGGAAGCCAUGGUGAUCCACCUCCACUCCAGUCGGUUUCCUUUCUCUGGCCCUUCCCUUUCUCCGGCGCUUGCCCCUCU